AUGCCUCCUUUGAAAGGGGGGAGCGGAGCGGCUCCUUGUAAAGGGAAGCGUAGCCUCCUGUUGAAGGAGCUGGCUAGCUGUGGAUGGAACAGGAAGGAGAAACACCGUCUGGCGCCCAACGUGGUAGCGUUUACACGGAGGUUCAACCAGGUUAGCUUUUGGCUGGUGAGAGAAAUUUUGACCGCCCAGACACUGAAGAUCCGAGCAGAAAUACUGAGCCAUUUUGUUAAAAUAGCCAAGAAACUGUUGGAGUUGAAUAACCUCCACUCUAUGGUGUCUGUGGUGUCAGCCCUGCAGAGUGCUCCCAUCUUCAGGCUGAGCAAGACCUGGGCGGUAAGAGACCCUAUGACCUAUGACCUAUGAUCCAGAACUUUCUUUGUAUCUUAUCUUGUACCAAAACUGAAUGGGAAUGUAGUAGAGCAAUAGUUCUCAACUGGUGUGCCACAAAACGUUCACUAAUCUUGGUCAUUUUUUGGAACAUUCACUUAUAAACCUGUG